GCGGUCAAUCUAGAAUCCUAUCUAUAUUUGGUUCUGCUAGAGUUAGAUUUUACUGAUUUAUUCCUUUUUACGUUCUUCUCCGCAGAAAGGGAUUUCAACCAUGCCUUCUACUCCCCAUCCACUUCAACGGAUACUCAGUCCAUCUCGAGGUUUCUCGGCCUUAGUCCAUUUGCUGGGACUUUCCAGUUUUGUAUGGUCAUUCAAAUAUAUGCAUGAAAAUCCCAAUCACGCCAACGAGGCAUAUGGUUGGCAUUUCCAGUACCUGACGGUCAUCGGGUUAUCCCUGUCGACGCUGACAUUCGCUAUUGGUUUGUUGGCGGAUGUGACGUUAUCGGCGCGGCUGUUUCUACUAAAGAAUCUCCUAUCGAUAUGCAGUGCACCUUUGGAGGUCUUGAUCAGUAUUCUCUACUGGGGUCUUCGCAUGAUCGAUGAGCGUUUGGUAGUACCCGAUUGGGCUGUGAUUCCUCUGAAUGCCGACAUCAGUUUCCAUGCGGUUCCGUCCAUUGUUCUUCUAAUCGACCUUUUCCUUCUCUCCCCUCCAUGGACGAUCACGAUCCUACCCGCACUUGGCUUGUCUAGCACCAUUGCCUUUGGCUACUGGUUCUGGAUCGAACGCUGCUUCUCAUAUAAUGGAUGGUACCCCUACCCAAUCUUCGAGCAACUGCCUUUUCAAGGCCGCGUCGGACUGUUUGCCCUCAGUGCGAUUGUGAUGGCUCUGAGUACCGGUACCCUGAAAUGGCUUUAUGGCCGCGUAAAUGGCUAUGGAACCCACUCUAAACCGCAGUCUCGCCCCGGUACUAUCUCGCAGAACGGCAGCCUCUAAUCCGCACGAAGUUUUAGCUUUUCCUCAGUAAUAGAACUUAUGGCCAGCAUCUUUAGCGAAUGGCAUCAACCACGGAUCUCUAUAUAUCCUUUCGGCCAAUAUAGAACAUUUGCACUUAUAAGCAGAUAGAAUACAAUGCAUAUCAUUUUCAUUGGUA